CUGUGGUGUCAUGCACAACGAGACGUGAUAAGAUGCGUGGAUUGACUGUGUCAGAAGUGGAGGAAACUGAGACUUGUCCUCCGCCACCCGGUUUGAGGUGAGUAACCGCGCCACCACGAGGGCCUACUAAGCAGUGGGAAUUGGGCAUUCCAAAUUGGGAGAAAAGGGGAUAAACAUUUUUUUUUUUAAAGAGUCCUAACUGAAGAGCCACAGGUGUCGCUUAUUCUUAAUAGUGUGUUUUUGGACUCUCGAAAAUCGAGAUUUUUACAUUAUUGUUUUUAUGUGAAUAUAUAAAAGUACAUUUCUAGUUUCAACAUUAUUUGUACUUCAGAUCUUUGUUUUGUUGAACAAGAUAAGCUAGCUUCAUACCAGGUGACCCACAUUUGUUUUUUCAACCCUUGAAAAUGUGUAAAAUUUUCACAUGGAGCCACAUCAAAAGCACCAAAGCUAUGAGAUUUAACCACUUUAGGCCUUAAAAAUGAAGAUACCAAAAGGAAAGUUGAUUUUGAACCAGAAAUUAAAAGGAUAUUAAUAUAUCUGAAAUACUUCUGGAGUUUAAUAUACACCAACUUACAACACUAAAUGGUGUUUUUUUUUUUUUUUGGACUCACAAAAUUGCCAUCUAAUACAACAAGGGGUGCUGAAGUCAACUAAUUUCAUUAAUAGACCUACAGUACUCAUAUUUGUGUAAAAAUAAUGAUGCUGCCACCUUUGUAAGGUUAUUUCUUAUUUGUUUGUGAUACAUUAUUUGUGAUACAUAAUAUAAUGUAUCAGUGUUUUCCUGGGCUGCAUGCCAGCAGGUAUGCACGUGUGUGUGUGUGUGUGAGUGUGAGUGAGUGAGAGAGAGAGAGAGAGAGAGAGGGUACACAGAGUGUUGGGGGGCUUUGGCUGUGCAACUAAGAAUAAAUAUUUCACCCCCUUCUCCAGUUUCCUUUUGUUCAUCAUCUUAGUGGCUCGAUGGCCAACCCCUUUAAUCCACAGCAGAAUGAAUGAAAGCAAGGGAGGGAAGGAAGAAAAGCAUGAAGGGAAAGACAAAAUCUAAAAGUCUUAUUAGGAUUUACAGACUGAAUGUUUACAGACUGAAUGUGUCCUUUUAUUUCAUUUGUUAGAUAUUGAGAUAAGAGUGUAUGUGAAUAUGCAUGAUGGAAUAUGAAGAAGACUGAGAAUGAAGAAAAAAAAAGAAGAAUUUGUAAACGUUGAGAUGAUAAAAUAAUUAUAUCUUUAGAAAAAGGAUGUCACGAUUUAGUGAAGCCUUUAAAGAAGACAAAUCUGGAAAGAAGAACUUGAGGAUGAAGCAACAGAAAAAAUAUGCUGAAAAUGAUAAGGCCAGUGGGGUCAUGUGGAGAGAUAGGCUUCCUCUGAUUGGUUCGUCAGGCAACAGAACUGCAGUGAGGCCUGCUUUAUCCACUCCUCAGCGCCCUCCUCAGUCUGAGACGAGAAAACGUGGUCGUCUCCCCAUCUCCUCUGCUGCCCUCCCUGACAGCAUGGCGCCCUGGGAAGGCUCUUCCCACUCUGAGUCUUCUUUGAUCAGUUUCCAAACUCCAAUUUCACCCUUUCCUCCUGCCCACUCCAAACCAAUCACAGCACCGGACCCCCUUGCCCAACUUCCCCCUUCUCAAAUUAAAAACACUCAGCCUGAAAAUGGGCAGACUGCCAGGAUAAAACGUAAGCCCCUCCCACCAAGAUUUCCCCCUAGACCUCCCCGUUUGCCCCCUCUGAGGCAAGUCACAAAUCUCAGCUUCUCGCGAAGUUUCACGUUUUCAUUUUUUGAGCUGCCGGUUUACCAGUCAGCACGGAACAGAGCGGAGAGACUCAGAGAUCUAACUGUGCUACUUAAGCAAUUUCAUUACUAAAGGAAAAACAUGAUAAAUCUAGUGCAGAAAUGCAUCCAUUGGAAAAAAAUGUUAAGCAAAUUUACAUUAGACUCUUACAAUUACCAGGACAAGACUGCACACCACUUUUAUAUUCUGUUUGGGGUGCAUACACGAGUAUUUUUUGUUGUUGUUUGUUUAUGUAGCAUUGGUUGAUAUGACAGUGGUUUAGGACUUUUU